GCCUAUUUCACCUCCCCAGCUGUCUGACCACUCCACUGGAUCGAAAGUGGGCGAACAUCCUUUGCCAUGCGGGCGGUGAGCUCAAGUUGGACUGCCCCGAACUUGGACAAGAUCCAACAGCUGGCGUCUGCGGCGAGCUGCUACGGGGCGUCAGGUUUUGGUGAUGUUGGAUAUCGCCAAGCUGAUUUGGUUGAGAGAGCCGAGCGUGAAGCACGAGACAAAGAGAGAGCAGCCCAGGAGAAGCUGGAGCGCGAGCGGAGGCAAGAGCAGGAGAGGAUAGAGGCAGAGCGCAGGAGGCAGGAGGAGCUGCUUGCAGCGGAGCGGCGGCGAGAGCAGAGGCGUCAGGAGGAGGAGGAGCGAAGGCAAGCGCAGGCUCAGCGAGACUUGGAGAGGGACUUGCUGAAGCAGGCCCGCCUCCCCGACUUCGCCGAGACGGUGGCACCGAAAGCCAAGGCCAAAGCGCGAAGCGCGGACGAGCGGGUGGCUGAAGCGAAAGCCGAGGCGCCGCGAAGCCAAGCCGAGGUGAGUGCGAAGGAGCCGGAGGCACUUGAUGUGUACAGCGAUGAUGACAUCGACGACGACUUCGAGGAUUGGCCGCUUUGGGUUUCACUGACGGAGGUGGUGGACCUGGACACCUUCGAAGUGGACGACCUGGUGAUUGUUCGGGAGGACUUCAUUUCGGACUCCGACCCCCCCGAGGAAUUGCUGCGGGGGCAGCGCGGCCAGAUCGUGGAGAUCGACGCGGAUGGGGACGCGUACAUCCGCUUUCGAGAGCAUCGAAAGAAGCAGUGGGUCUAUAGUCAGAGCUUUUACUACCUCGCCAAGGUACUGUUUGACAAGGCGAACACCCUCAACGUGAGGAGGAGCUUCCAAUGCGGGAGCCACCGAAUCCGCCGAGGGCAAAGCGCCGUUGUGCGGAGAGUGGAUGCAGGCGGCGACGUCCUCAUGGACUUUGGUGACAACAUCGGGGAUCAAUGGGUGCAGUACUACAGCCUGGUGUUUCUGGAGAAGGAGAAGCCGAAAGUCGCUUCACAGGAGGCAAAGAUGUGGCUCUACAACCCACCCUCCUUCCGCGAAGUGGCCAUCCGUGCAACGCCUUCCGUGGAUGGGCCCAGGAGCAAGCUGACGCUGCGACCCGGCCAGCGUUUCCUGGUGUCCGAGGAGGUGGUCGGAAGUGACGGCAUCCUCUACCUCCGCCUAGCCGAUGGAACUGGUUGGAUGUUCGAGACCAAGCCGGGCAGCGGCACCUUGUGCGUCAGACAGGGGGGUGGUCUCUCCGGGGAUCUUCUGUCACAGCUGCACGGGCGGCGGGACGAUGACAACAAGAUCAUGCACCUGGAAGAUGCGAAGGCAUUCCUGAUGCACAUGCAAAAGGUGCUGACCUCGAAGCGUGUCCAGCCUCACCUCGAAGACCUCUUUAGAGAGCUGCCCGGGAAGACCCGGGACCUUACGGAGGUCCAGAAAGGCGUGGAGACAGAGUUGCUCAGAGAAAAGGCCAAGAGAGUUCUGGUGGAUGCCAGCAAAGGUGUCUUCAAGCAGUUUGGCUUUGAGGUGUCCCAGGAGGGCCAGGAGGAGCUCCUGGAAGCGCUUCGGGAACAUCAGCACGACGACACCGUGUUCAUUGUGGCUAGCAACAUCGAGAUGGCUCUGCAGCUGCCUGCGGGCGGUUGGUUUGGCCUGUGCCAGCUGCGAAAAGGUCUGCAGGUCACCGUGCUGGAAGGUGCGGAAACCGAUGUGUUUGGCAAGACUGGCACGCUUGAGAAGCUGCACAGUGACGGGCACGCCUGGAAUGUGAAGCUGGACGGGCAGGUUCGACUUCUGAAGCCGGAGCACUUGCAGAUCCUGCCGGAUCCGACAGCUCACAAGGAGCUGGCCAAGGCCAAAGACAAGAAGAUCGAGCCGAAGGACGAGGAGCUCGCGCAGACGGCGCGGCAGGUGGCCUCCGUGGGCGCGGCGCAGCGGAGGACCCGGGAGCUGCGCGUGCCGGAGAAGGCGCCCUGGUGGCAGACCUGCUCUGAGCGAGCAGGGGCGCGCGCUGCCAGCAGGAUGCUGGAGCGCGAGUACCUUGCCAUCGCUUCGGGGUCCGAGGCGGCGUUUUUCGAGUCGCUGAAGCAGGAGCGCAAGGCGGCCCGGCAGAGUGAGCAGUUGGCCAUCGAAGAUGAGCCGGUGCUGCCGAUUCCGGAGAUCAUCGAGGAGAUCGAGGCGGCGGAGGUGCGGGAGGCGGUGCAGCGGAACUUCAAGUCCCUGGCGCUGCGCAGCCGGGAGAAGGAAGGCAGUCCUCGGCAGAGAGGCCGACGGGGCGCUUUCAGCAGCCGCGCAGGAGCUUUGCAGCCGUCCAACGAGCCGUCGACCCCAGAGGAUGAGGAGGAGGCGCUGAGAGCUGCAGAGGCGGCGGCGCGCCGCGGUGAUCUCAGGCCGCUCUUGCGACGCCAGAAAUAUGCGAUCCGAGAAGAUGCCAUGUUGAAGACGAUGACCGGCGCGCUCCAGGGCAAAGAUCCUGGCCUGCUGGCCGUCGAAGAUCGGAACGACGUGCUCCCUCCACGCCUCACGAGGGCUCAGUGCGCUCGAGAGGAGUUCGAACGUCAGCGAGCGCGCUGGCACCUGCCGCCUCGCGGAAAGCACGUGGGGUACAUGCCACAGGCACCUGCACUCGGCGCCGGCGAGGGCAACCUCGGAGCCUUGGAGGAGACGGUGGCAGGCGUGCCUGCCAGAAACCGAGUGCAGGAGCUGGGCAAGGAGCCGCCGUGCUUCGGCCUGCCCAGCUUCGAUGAAGGGCCUGGCCUCUUCGGCGGCGGAGGUUUUGUCGGCUUCGGGUGAGAGCUGCAACGGGCGCCCGCGCCGGGCUCGCUAGAGUCUGCUGGCUCGAUGCAAUGGGUUAU